AUGAUGCAUAACGAAGCCGCAACUGCAAGCAAGACCUCUCUCAACCAAAUCCUCUACGAGGUGACUAGCGAGAAAAUCAUGGAGCUCCAAAGACAAAAGAACAUAUUGAGCCGGCACUACAGCGGUGUACUGGAAAAGGCGGAUGCUAGUAAGGACCUAGUUCAAGAGAUUGAAAUCUUGUAUCAAGGCAUCAAGGAAGCUCCAGUUCAGCACAAGCAAAAUUUGAAUAUGGAGAGUGCCCGACUCUUCAUUGAGAAUGUUGCCAAGGAUUCGUCUACUAGUGAACAGCUCUUACGCCAUUGGAUCGAUAGCUUUCGAAAGGAGAUGCAAUACUCAACCAGAAAAUGCACUUACUCUUACAUUUAUGGAAAGAGUCUACGUGAUGAGCUUUCUGAAGCUGAAACCCCUUCUUUGGACAGUGAGUUCUAUGUAGUACCGAAAAAGAAGAGGGACAAUAUGACUGAGCGUGAAAAGACAACCAAGGAACUUGAGGAGCGCGUUUUCGAAGCUGGACAAAUUGAUUCCGACGCCUUCAAGGCUUUUCUGGACAAGACUUUUGACACUGAGGAAGUGAAGAUCAAGAAAGUGUUAGAUUCUUCAAGAAAGGACACUCAGACGUUUUGUAAGAAGCUGCUUGAAGAAGACAUUACUGUGUCUGAGCUGAAAAAUUGUGUGGAAGGACUAUUGGGGUGUGAUUUGCUCAACGCCAAGAAGCAAACUACUUUAAGGCA